GGGUAAAGAGAGGCAUCUCCACUCCAGGCUGGAUUCAAUGCUCUAGAGGAGGAGCCACUUCCAGGACACACUGCGGGGACAUUGUUCUCAGAGGUCAGGGGACCUCCCCAGCCAGCUGGAGCUGCAGGGCCGUCCUGGUGAGAGAGCUGGAUCCCAAAGCCUGGGGAGCACAUCCUUAUCAGCAUUCUUCCCCUGGGGUCUCCCCCAGCCCUGGGGGUAAGACUUGGGGCACCUGGCCUGGCAAGACUCCCUGGAUUCCUCUGUCCAGAUGAAAAUAGACUUUACAGAUUUAAGAGAGCAUCUUAAAGAUGUGGAGUGAACAUCUGAGAGAGAAACGUUGUUGCCCAAAGUCACGCCGCCAUCCCUGGCUGCAUAGGAGUCCAAGCAAGGAGGUUCAGGUUUUGCCUGAGUGGUUUGAAGAAAUCAGGACCCCUCCCUGAGCACCCCUUCCACUUCUUCAUCUUUAAAACACUCUCUUCUACUCUAAGGAUUGAGUGAGAGAAAGUAUGUGAAGCUUGGGUGUCAUGAAAAAUACCUGCUAGAGCUCAAGACUGGCCAGCAGGCCAUGGGAGCUCCCAUCGGAGCAGGAAGGGGCCUUAGACAGCGUGGAAUUCAAGCUUCUCAUUUUUCAGAGGGAAAAACAGAGGACUAGAAGCUGGCAUAUGACUGGGGGUCCCAAGGUAUUAUGAUUACUGUUCUUUAUCCAAAUACAGCCCCUGUGAUGUUCCCGCCUUGUGAUUUCUCUGAAGAUCCCUGCAGGGGCUGGGAAGGAUUGCUGUGAGAAUUAGAUGAGUUAAUGUACAUCAAAUGCUAUAUGCCUGGCACAUAGAAGAGGUUAACUGGGGUGGGAAAAGCUCUGUCAGCCCCCAGCUUUCCUCAGAAGCCCUCCUGCAAGGCCACGAACAUGAGCCGCCUCUGCCUCUCUGCAUCCCUUCUCGUCCUCCUGGGCACCCUAGUGGCCGGCACCCCGGAGGGUGAAACCAGCAACCAGGCCCAAGAGCCCCUCCCAGUCCCUGCAGCCCUGCGCCCUGCCUUCUGCCUGGAGCCUCCCUACACGGGUCCCUGCCGGGCCCUGUUCAUCAGAUACUUCUACAACGCCAAGUCUGGGCUCUGCGAGACCUUUGCUUACGGUGGGUGCAGAAGGAAACAGAACAACUUCCUGGAUAAGGAGGACUGCAUCAGCACCUGUGGUGGCCGCAACAGGGCCCUAGGAGAGCCGGGCAGCUGGGCUCCCCUGAGAUGGUGACGUCCUAGGAGGCCCCACACAGGGCUGGGCUCUGGCUUCUGAAAGAGUUGAGCCUCUUCCUCUGCUUCCUUCUCAGACCUACCCUCUUCAGCAGAACCCUGCCUCUUUCCUCACCUUCAUCCCACUCUCCACCAUCACUGCACUCCUUGGAGGGGGCAGCGAUGGAAGUUCUGGCAUCCAGUUCUGAGCGUCAGUGGUGGCAGAGGAUUUUUCAAUAAAGAAACCCCUUUUCCCCACAGUGAUGUUGAAUAUUUAUCUGCCUGUGGCUUAAAUCUUAUAUUUAAUAAAUUCUUUUCCUAAUUAGA